AUGCUCUGGGACCCCGCGCUCCUUCCGACUCGCUGGCGCCAGCACUGGGCUCGGAGCCGGGGGGGUUGCGUGGGGGUGGGGGGCGGCCAGGCCGGAAAAAACCACUUCCCUUCCAAAGCAGAUGCUGAUUGCGCUCUGAGGCUCGACCGGAGCGGGGCCGCUCGGGGCCUCGCAAUUUCCCCCCAGGCGCUGCUGCAGCGAGAGCCGCUCUGGGCUGUGCCCGCCUGGAGCCUGGGCUGCUCGAGAGACACCAAUUCCGCCCCAGAACCCUUUCGUCGUCUCCGUCCUUGUCGGCGGCGGAGCUGCGGGCAGAGGGGGUGUCGGGGGGCGAGGCGGGGGCUCCGGCCGUGCUUCGGGCUGCAGAUGGCGGGGCCGUUCGAGGAGGUGGCCGUCUACUUCUCCCGCCAGGAGUGGGCAGAGCUGGCGGGCUGGCAGCGGCGGCUCUACCGGGAGGUGAUGCUGGACACCUACGGAAUGCUCGCCUCGCUGGGCUGGGACACCGUCAAGCCCGAGCUCAUCUGCAAGCUGGAGCGAGGAGAGACGCCGUGCGUUCCAGACCCCCCCGGGGAGCAGCGGAGGCACCGCAGCCCUGUGCCGGGCGGGUCCCGGGGGUCCGUGGCAGCGGUGGGUUGUUCCAUCAGCAGAAGCUGGGGGGACUCGUCCCAAAACCAGCUCAGAGGGACCCCGGCAAACCACUCAGGACAACCUCAGGUCUCCCCCAUGAUACCCCCCCAGCCCUUGCAGAAGCCGCUCCCCACGUGUCCUGAGUGCAACAAGAGCUUCAGGACCCGGACUGCAUUGGCCAUCCACGAGCGGAGCCACACGGGCGAGCGCCCCUUCACCUGCCCUGAAUGCGGCAAGAACUUCAUCCAGAAACAACACUUGGUCAAGCACCAGCGCAUCCACACCGGCGAGCGCCCCUUUGCCUGUGUUGACUGUGGUUACCAAUUCAGCCGAAAGCAACACCUGCUCACUCACCGGCGCAUCCACACCAAGGAACGCCCCUUCAUCUGUGCUGACUGCGGCAAGAGCUUCAGCCGCAAGGGUGACCUUGUCAUCCACCAGCGCAUCCACACUGGUGAGCGUCCCUUUGCCUGCAGCCACUGCAACCACUGCUUCAGCCAAAAGCAACACUUGGUCAAUCACCAGCGCAUCCACACUGGCGAGCGUCCCUUUGCCUGCAACCACUGCAACCACAGCUUCAGCCAAAAGCAACAGUUGGUCACACACCAGCGCAUCCACACGGGCGAGCGACCCUUCACCUGCUCCGACUGCGGCAAGAGCUUCAGCCGCAAGGAUGACCUUGUCAUCCACCAGCGCAUACACACAGGCGAGCAACCCUUCACCUGCUCCGACUGCGGCAAGAGCUUCAGCCGCAAGGGUGACCUUGUCAUCCACCAGCGCAUCCACACAGGCGAGCGACCCUUCACCUGCUCCGACUGCGGCAAGAGCUUCAGACGCAAGGGUGACCUUGUCAUCCACCAGCGCAUCCACACGGGCGAGCGACCCUUCACCUGCUCCAACUGCAGCAAGAGCUUCAGAGAGAAGGGGGCCCUGAUCAAGCACCAGCGCAUCCACUCCACUGAUGGUGAGAAGCCCUUUUCCUGUGUCAACUGCAGCAAGAGCUUCAGCCAGAAGGGUGCCCUGAUCAAGCACCAGCGCAUCCACACCGGCGAGAAACCAUACAAGUGUGAUGAUUGCAGCGAGGCCUACAGCCAGAAGUCUGAUCUGAAGAAACACCAGCGGCUCCACACCAGCGAGAAACCCUACAAGUGUGACGAGUGUGACAAGACCUACAGCCAGAAGUGUGACCUAAAGAGACACCAGCGGGUCCACACGGGCGAGCGCCCCUUCACCUGCACUGAAUGCGGCAAGAACUUCAUCCAGAAACAACACCUGGUCAAACACCAGCGCAUCCACACCAAGGAACGCCCCUUCAUCUGCGGUGACUGCAACAAGGGCUUCAGCCGCAAGUGUGACCUUGUCACCCAUCAGCGCAUCCACACUGGUGAGCGUCCCUUUGCCUGCAGCCACUGCAACCACUGCUUCAGCCAAAAGCAUCACUUGGUCAAUCACCAGCGCAUCCACACCGGCGAGCGUCCCUUUGCCUGCAACCACUGCAACCACUGCUUCAGCCAAAAGAAACACUUGGUCAUCCACCAGCGCAUCCACACUGGCGAGCGUCCCUUCACUUGUCCCAAUUGUGACCACCGCUUCAGCCGGAAGGAGCAUCUGGUCACACACCAGCGCAUCCACACAGGUGAGCGACCCUUCACCUGCUCCAACUGCGGCAAGAGCUUCAGCCGCAAGGGUGACCUUGUCAUCCACCAGCGCAUCCACACAGGCGAGCGCCCCUUCACCUGCUCCGACUGCGGCAAGAGCUUCAGCCGCAAGGGUGACCUUGUCAUCCACCAGCGCAUCCACACGGGUGAGCGACCCUUCAUCUGCACUGACUGUGGGAGGAGCUUCAGAGAAAAGAGGGUUCUGAUCAAGCACCAGCGCAUCCACUCCACUGACCCCCUUCGCUGCUCCAACUGUGACAAGAACUUCAUCUGGAAGUGCGCCCUGACGAAUCACCGGUGUGUACACACUGCUGAGCGCUUCUUUGCCUGCGUCCACGGUUACCACCACUUCAGCCCUCACCUCCACUCUGGCCCAGCCCCCUGGUUGCUGGAGAAGACCCCCUCCAUGUUCCCUGAGUGCAAGAAGAGCUUUAGGAACCAGACUGCACUGGCCAUCCAUGAACAGAGCCACACGGGUGAGUGGCCCUUCACCUGCUCCAGGUGUAGCAAGAGCUUCCUCCAGAAGGACUCUCUGAUCAACCACCAGCGCGUCCACACAGAUGAGUGCCCCUUUGCCUUUAUUGACUGUGGGAAGAGCUUUAGCAACACCAUCUCCCUUCUCAAGUGUAAGUGAAUCCACAGUGGUGAGAAGCCCUUUUCCUGUGUCAGCUGCAGCAAGAGCUUCAGCCAGAAGGGUGCCCUGAUCAAGCACCAGCGCAUCCACACCGGCGAGAAACCCUACAAGUGUGAUGAUUGCAGCGAGGCCUACAGCCAGAAGUCUGAUCUGAAGAAACACCAGCGGCUGCACCAGGGCCCACAGGGUGACUGCCUUGGCAGCCCGGUGGCCCCUUAA